GCGCAACGGUACCGUCACUUCCUGUUGUUUCUAUGUUCACUUCCGGCCGUGGCUCGUUUGACUGAUUGGGUGCGUUUUGUCGGGCACUCAUUGUAUGGCAGGCACAGUGGCCUUCUAACAACCUACAGAUGGAAUCAGAAGCUAAAGAAGGAGAUGAAGACAGCCUGCAAACAGCUUUCAAAAAGUUAAGAGUGGAUCCAGCUGGAUCUUCUGUUAGUGAAGGAACGGGAUUGAGAAUUCCAGGCAGAGCAACUAUUGAUGGAGGCUGGCAUCAGAUUGUCUGUUCAAGAGAGAUUUGGCACAGGGGUGCACGGAAGCCCUUGAGAGGGGCAACAAGGCCACAGCGUUGCAGGCGUUCCAAAUCUCCUGUUCUGCAUCCCCCAAAGUUUACAUACUGCAGCAUGAAAGCAUCUUCUGUAAAUAACCAACUGAAACACAAAAGUCAGAUUGAUGCUUCAAAAAAUAAAAUUGGUCCAGAUCCUAAUGUUUCGGAAGAGGUGUACCUAAGUGGAAAGAAAUGUCCGCUUUUUGACAGCAGCAACUGCAGAAAAAGCAGAGCAGGACAUCAGAAAACAUUUACUAGCGUGCAGUCUUCAAAGAAUUUGGGAAGAAAUUGCCAUGCUUUUUCUUUGACCUUUGAAACCCGCCUGGAUCCUAGCCAGCCUUCAGAUUUCCAGUCUCUCUCCAAGCUGAGUUAUGAGAAGCAGUGCCCGUGCAUGGACAAAGAAUGGCAAGCAAUAGAAACAUACUCCUUUUCUGGUUUGCGGAGCGUCUUAUCAGAGUGUGAAAAAGCAGUCCUGGAAGUGCGUUCACAAUCUUUGCCAAACCGAUCACCUUCUAGUACAGGUUCGUCAGGCUCUGCCCGGUCUUGUUCUGAGCAAGCUCGAGUCUUUGUGGAUGAUGUGACUAUUGAAGAUCUUUCUGGGUACAUGGAGUAUUACUUAUAUAUUCCCAAGAAAAUGUCUCACAUGGCAGAGAUGAUGUACACUUGAGAUGAGAAUCAUGGGUUUGAAAUUCAAUGGUGGUAGUGAGAUGUUUCCUCAGUGCUGUAGAUGGAAAUGUGUCCAUUGUCAAUGCUGCGUGUUUGAUCAAAUGUUUAUUUGCACCAUAUAAUGUAGUUUUUUAAAUAAAGUUAAAAAGACAAUAUCAUAUGUUUAAAGGUGCAUUGCAUUAAAUUAGAGAUUUAAGAAUGUACCUGGAUAAAGUUUUUCUCCUCUUGAUACAAUCUAAAGUUCUCUCCGUUUUAAGAACCUUAAACAAGAAUUUUCUUUAAAUAAAAGUUUUCCUAAAAUGCAGCAAAUUUUGUAGAUUUCAAAUUAAAUUUAUUAAGUUAAGUAAAAGAUUAAUCAGAUCUACUGUUGGGUCUCUAGAUAAAUUUGCAGUAAAUUGGCAAGGAUUUUCAUUUUUGAAUUUUUUUUUUCAUAAAAGCAGUAUUUUCUCAUGCUCUGAAGUGAAGAAAGCUUGAGCUAAAUAGGAAUGGACUUUUUUUGUGACAGAACUUUGAGCUCAUAUCAGCUCUCAUAAUGAAAAAAAAAUCUUAGGCUCAGGAGGUUGCACAGAUAUCUUCUUAACUUACUCUGUAAGCAUAGGAUUUGGUUAACACAUUAUGCUAAACCAAAAUGUUAUUUAGUUUGACAAGCAUGACUUGCAACUGGCCCUAAAUGGUUGGAUUUCUUAGGAAGAAAACGAAUAGAUCCCACAAGCCUAAAGACUACUCAAUCCUGCUUUAGUCAGACAUUUCAGAUGAGUGAAAAGUUAAAAUAGUUAUGUGCAGCUCCUUGUAUAGGAUUGAACAUGAGUCUGUGUAAUUUUCAAAGGAGCAGAUAAUAUAUUUUUAGUAUAAUUGAAAUUUUCUCCUGAAUAAUUUUGCUGAUCUGAAAGUCGUCUAACUUUUCUUAAUGUCUCAGCUUCUGGCAAAAAUUAUAUGCCCCUAAAUUGAUUUUAAUUAGAUCAAUAUUUCGUCGGUAAAUAUAAGCAUAGGUUUUCUUCUUGAACAUCCUACAAUAAGCUUCUUAUGUAGUUCUCCAGUCCUGGCUUUUCUUUCUUUUUUUAGUAAGCCAUAGUGGCUAAAUGUAAACAUCACACUGUGCCACCAACUAACCAAUAUAUGGAAUAGUACAGUAUGUGAACCCAGCUUUUGAAUAAGCUGGUCUUGGCCUUGUUUGCAUAAUACAGGCAAAUUAGGCAUAACUUCUCUCAGUUGAUCAGGUGAUCUUUGUCCAUAGCACAUGAUCUUGGAUGACUUCAUCAGUCACCUGAUGGCCAUAUUUUCAGUCCUCUUUGGCACCACAAAGGAGACUGGAGGCUGUCCCUUCCUACUUCACUUCUUACCAUUUUUAUUGUUCUUACCUGCAAGGAGAAAAGGCAUGAUGGCUUUAUGGGGUUGGGACCACCAAGAGCAGGUUUGGGUAGGUUAUACUGUCUCCCACCUAGUUUUCCUCUUUUUUCAAAACCAAGACCCAUGUGGCCACAGGGAAUGAAAUCCAAAGUGAUUACAUAAACAGUGUUUAGAGAAGCACUGUUUUCAUAAGGCCUUUCUAAAACUUUGUUAUGGCUGUUGGAAAGGUCAAUUAACAUUUUAAAUUCACAUGACAUAGGUAAAGUUACUUCACCAAAUGAAUUAGUUUAGCCCAGAUUGGGUCAUUUGGGGCUAAAUCUAGCACCCUCUAGGAUAGUAGCUGUGUCAACCUAAGUUUAUGGGUUCACAUGACAUGCUUGUCCUCCUGCCCACAAGCAAACGUGUCAUGUGAACAGGGCCAUUGACUUCCUCCAAGCACCAUUGUAACAAGACAAAUUCUUCAAAAAUGUGUAAUAUCAUAUAGCUAGGUCAACUGCAUAUGCCACACAGAUUUCAGCUUUUCAUUUACAUUAGGGCCCUUCAAAAGAAAAAAUAUUAAUUUACAAUUCAUAUUCUACAUGUCGCACGAUCUUAUAGCUGAGGUCAAGGAAGUGCUACGAAUAUAGCACUUUUGAAUAAGCUGGCCUUGGCCUUGUUUGCAUAACAGGCAAAUUCAUUUUCUUUACUAUUUUUAGUAUGUAUUUAAAUUAAAUAAUGUAUUAAAACAAAUGUGUGCUAGCUAUGAAUUUUCUAGUUAAUAUGUCCCGUCACUGAAAUUUGUUACUGAAAGUAGUUAAAUCAGCCAUAAGCCAGUAGAUGGACAAAGGGAAUCUCAGAGCUACCUAAGUGCCUCCGUGAGGAGAAAACAAAAAGACUUCCAUGAUAAAACAUCCAUCUCUUAUUCUCCAGAACUUUGAAGAAAACGAUUUGAAUAGGCAACGCUUGGCAUCCCAUGGAAUUAAAAAAGCAAGUGAAAAUGUUAAGAAAUAAUUAUUCUCAUCGUAUUUGAACAUCCCCUGCAUUGUAGGAAGAAUAUACAG